GCGGGGGCGGCCGUGGCUGCCAUGGGAACCGUGCUGCCUCUACUCGGCUACCGCUCGCUGGGCGGCGGUACCAAGCUGCUCCUUUAGGCAGCUCUGGGUCGCUUAGCGGCCGAGGAGGCGUUAUCUCUUUCCCCUGCAGGGCUGCGGAUACCUCAAGGCGGCAUCCACGGCUGUCCACACCAGAGAAUCCGCUGCCCUCCAGCAGAGCACAGGCCAUCAAAGACGAAUCCGAACUUGAAUUCUCUGUGGCUGAUUGCAGAGCUGGUAGGCCGACGGUUUCCCCAAGAAAAUGUAAUGGAGGAUUCACUUUGGCUUGUAUUCAGAAGUCCCUUCUGAGAUGCAAGGAAGGAAGAGCCCGCGAACAUUGCUCUGGGGAUUCUUCCUGCACAUUAAUUAGGCUUUUCUAAAAAGCCUGAACAUCUUGUUAUAUUCAUAUAGAGCGUCAUCGUGUGUCAUGGCUAGCAUCAUUUCACCUGCGGGUAAUAGCCAGUGACAGAACACACGCUUGCCGCCUUGGGCCCAUUCCAUGUUGAGGUCCCUGGGGAGGAGUCUUGGUCCUUUAAGGGUCAACACGGCAGAAAGAAACAUGAAGUUGUUCUCCGGGAGGGUGCUGCCAGUCCAAGGGGAAGAAACCUUGGAAAACUGGGGAUAAGUCAAUGGGGUCCUGCCAGAUUGGAAUAUGUCUGAGGAGGAAAAGCUCAAAUACUUGAUAAAAACCCUUAGGGGCCCCGCCCAGGAGGUCAUGCGUUUGCUCCAGGCGGCCAACCCCAACCUAAGUGUGGCAGAUAUCUUGCACGUGAUGAAAUUGAUAUUUGGGGGGGGGGGGUCUGAAAGCAGUGUCACUGCCCAUGGUAAAUUUUUUAACACUCUGCAGGCACAAGGGGAGAAAGCCUCCCUUUAUGUGAUCCAUUUAGAAGUGCAGCUCCAGAAUGCUGUUCAGGCAGGGAUCAUAGCUCAGAAAGAUUCGAGCCAGACUCACCUGCACCAGCUCCUUUUAGGAACUGAGCUGAAUGGGGACCUGCACUUCAGGCUGAAGCAUCUUCUCAGGAUGUAUGCAGGUGAUCAGGAGCAUCUUCCUAAUUUCCUGGAGUUAAUCAAGAUGAUAAGAGAAGAGGAUUGGGAUGACACUUUUAUGAAAAUGAGGUGGCCCAAAAGAUCUGAGCUAAUCAGAAAGAGGGCAGCAAGCCCUGUGGCAUUUCAGGGCCUUCCACUAAUAGUGAUCAGCAGUGCUGACUGCAAAGUGAUAGAGAUAGAUGAUACCCUUGAUGACUCAGAUGAGGGUGUGAUCCGGUCUCAGGACCCUCCACUUACAUCCAUGGGUGCCCCUCUCCUCAGAGGCAGGGCCAGACCUCAGGAUCAAAUUCUGGUCAUUGAUUCCCCCGACAGUUCCCAGGCUCAAGCUCCUUGCACCAGCGAUGGUUCUGGGUCUAAGAAUGAUGGUCCCGAGGAUAUACAUAGAGCCAGGAAGCGAAAAUACAUGAUCCGCUGUUCAUAUCGUGGCGAAGAGGGCCACUCAAAGGAAACCGGUGACAAUGAGAGCAACAAGGCCGGGGUGUUUGAGAAUCUGAUCAUCGCCCUGUAGGAGCUGACGCAUAUGAAGGAGGAGGGGUCAAGAGAGGUCCCUGGUGAACACAAUGACCCCUCUGAGCCACAGUAAGGUGCUAGACCCAGGCCUAAGUGAACCCUUAACUGUAUUCAGAAACUGGUGAUGGGAAAAACUGGCGGGGGGCGGUGACAGUAACUAAUCCACAAAGUGGCUCUCUUUGGGGAAGAAGAGGUCAGGGAUACCAGCAACUUGGAGGGGAUGGCCUGACCUGUCCCUGCUCCCUCCUCCAUCCACCUGAGGGUCUAUUCUCUGUAUGUGUCUAUUUCCUUGAUGAAUUUAAACCUUCAAACAGGAAGGAAAAUACAAAAACGAAAGUACAAAUUACCUGAAACUCUCCUCUUGUGUAUAACCAUUGUCAGCCCUUUGAUGAAUGUCCUUCUAGAUAUUUCCCUAUACCUGUGGAUACAGAUAGAUAUAUGUAUAGAUAAAAGUGACCAAAUAUAACUGCUGUUCUAUACUGUGUAUUUCGUCACCAAACAAUAUAUCUUGUGGACUUCUAUGUCAAUGAACGUAUAUAAGUAUUAAGUUUAAUGUCUCUGUGUGUGAUAUUACUUUUAGGAAUAUAGAGGAAAAAUAAAUAAGAGAACUAAAUAUAAAAGCUAUAAUAGGAGGAGAUCAUACUGCAAAAUGGAGUUUUUAUCCACUUCAUUUACAGAUGAGGAAAAUGGAAGCUGAAAUAGGCUGAAUAUCUCCCAAAGAGCCCCUUAUCACAACUGACCUGUCUCCUCCAUAACAGAGUCAAGUCUGCACCUGCUAUUGCCUGGGCUGCAAUAGAGCACAAGAAAAAAGACAAGGCACAAGAAAACUUUUGAGGGCGACAGAUAUGUUUCUUAUUUUGCUUGUGGUGAUGGUUUCACAGUGGUAUGCGUGUGUCAAAUGUUAUACAUUUAUUUAAUAUACUUUAAAUAUGUGCAGUUUAUGUCAAUUAUAUCAUAAUAAAGCUGUUGAAAAAUUUUUUAAAA